AUGGGACUUAUUGCAUUAUCAAAGGAUUUUUUUAAUAUGUUGCGAGCACAUUCAAAAAAGUUCCUUGAAAGCUUUUCCCAGUCAAAGUCAAAUACAACAGACUUUUCAACGGGAAUAAAGAUAAACAGUAAAGAUGAUUCGCAGAUCGUUGAAAAAUCCGGUACGAUUGAGAAUUACAAUAUUACAAGGCUAAAGAAGUGGGUUUUAUUAAUAGGCAUGAGAUAUCAGACUUUGAUGCAAAAUAAGCUCUUGAUGUUCUGCGUUGUCGCCUGCUCCUUCAUUUGCACUAUUCAGUUUCUUUUCUUUAUAAUUUAUUGGACUGACAUAGUACCUCGAAAGACGCAAAAGGCAAUAAGUGAUCUGAAUUAUGACUAUUUAACAAAUUAUUUAAAGGAGCAAUGUGUUCCGUAUAAAAAAAUACUUGACCAAUGUAUUUUAUAG